AUGGCUUCGCUUUCCAACCCAACUGUUUCUGGAAAAGUGCUGAAAGAACCCAACAAUGGGGGAAAGAUGACCUAUCUAGAUAUGUCUCUAGAUGACAUUAUAAUCCUUAAAAAGUUAGAAAGUAAAAACACUGAAUCAAAAAAGAAUGGGACACAGAACCGUAAAAAAAAGAACCCAAUUUCAAGACAGCGAGCAAAUGCUCGUAGGCAUCGCCGGCAAAGAGGAUACUCAAGAUUCAGAAAGAACACUGAGGAAGGAAAUGAUACAAAACUGUACCAAGAACCUUCUGGAUUCAAGCCUGGACAAAGCUCUUUAAACAAGCAGCCUGUAAAUAAGCAGGAGAAGUGCAAUGAAAAUUCUAAGUCCCAAGCAGAGAGGAGUGGAAGCCAGUCAGAAGGGAACCAGAAUCAAUUGGAAGGAUCUCAAGGCCAAUCAUCAAAAAAUCGACAUCAUUCAGAGAGAUCUCGUGGCCAGUCAGAGAGUUCUUGUGGCCGGUCAGAGAGUUCUCAGGGCCAGUCAGAAAGAUCUCAUGGCCAAUCACAGAGUUCUCAUGGCCAGUCAGAGAGAUCUCCGGGCCAGUCAGAGAAAUCUGGAGGCCAAUCAGAGAGAUCUCGUGGUCUGUCAGAGAGUUCUUGUGGCCAGUUGGAGAGAUCUCCAGGCCAAUCCGAGAGAUCUCUUACCCAGGGAGAUCUCGUGGCUACACAGAGAGAUCUCGUGGCUACACAGAAAGAUCUCAUAGCCAAUUAGAGAGAUCUCGUGGCCACACAGAAAGAUCUCAUAGCCAAUUAGAGAGAUCUCAUGGCCACACAGAAAGAUCUCAUGGUCACUCAGAAAGAUCUUAUAUCUCAUAUCCUAUCAGGAAGAUCUUAUGGCCAAUCAGGGGGAUAUCGAGGACAUUCAUCAACAGAAAGAGUCAAAACAUCACCCAAAACUGAGAGAGCUGAUUUUGACAGUAAUGAUAUCCAGAGACAGAUGCCUGCCUUGGCCAGGAAAGUGGUGUGUAAAUAG